UAAACCCCCUCUGAGUUGGCACCACCGUGUGCGGAGCGGUUGUCAACGGCGCAUGGAGGAGACGGGACGUGGGGGAGGCAGGGACACGGGAGACAGAGACACGGGAGACGCGGGAGACAGAGACACGGGAGACAUGAGGCCCGGGCAGGCGUGGAGCGACGUGGACGUGGCACGUAGCCGCUUCCCCUUCUGCGUGGUGUGGACUCCCAUCCCGUGUCUCAGUUGGUUCGUGCCCUUCAUUGGGCACAUGGGCAUUGCGAUGUCGUCCGGGGUGAUCAGGGACUUCGCGGGGCCCUACUACGUGUCGGAGGAUAACAUGGCGUUUGGGAACCCCACCCGGUACUGGAUGCUGGAGCCGAGCAAGAUUGGGGUCAGUCACCCCAAUGCGUGGGACAAGGCCAUCAGCGAGGCCUCGGAAGAAUACAAGCAUCGCAUGCACAAUUUAUGCUGCGACAAUUGCCACUCGCACGUCGCCAUGGCACUCAACCUCAUGCGGUACGGAGGGCGUGACGACUGGGGCAUGGUGCGGCUCUGCGUGCUCAUGUUGGUGCGGGGACGCCACGUGAGUAUGUGGGGCUUCCUGAAGACGUGGCUGCCCUUCACCCUCAUGGUCACUACGGCCGUCAUCAUCUCCGCGGUGCUCAGGCUCGGCACCUGAGGUGUGGAUAGGGAGUGGAACGGGCGGCGCCCAGACAGCGCCAAAACUGCUGCCAUCGCGACGCUGCGCGGUGCCAACACGAAACGCGACCUUCACGUUACGUGUCGCCUACGCAGCCUCUGCGCACCGCGCCUGCUCCACAGCCCCCUACAUGACGCACAUACCUUGCAUGGAUAUAAAUAUCACUCUUCAGUCCGUGGGCCAGUGCAGGAAUUGUUACGAACCAAUGUCCUUGUGCGUACAAACAUUGAAAGCAAGUAGGUAUAAAUUAUUUUAUUAGAAAAACGACAUUACGUUGAUUUUUCAGCUCGUGAUAUAUGCAUCGCACCGCAUCUCUAAGAAUUGGUGUUUUUCCGUUUGUCAAUUAACUUGUUCACAUCAUCAGCACAGCCACGACAUCCUCAGAACUGCUUUUGUGUUUAGUCUGUUGACCUUCAGCACCUCCGAAUUGCACGGUUGGCUACGUACGGUGCGAAAUAAUUUGAACAACAUGCAUACAUCUGCCAACCUUCACAAUAAAACAACUAUUCUUGAAUUGAAUCGUAACAAUACAUAAAACCGUUAAAGGAGUUAAUCUAAGAACCAGGCGAGAGCCAUGAGCAGUCUUUUGUAUUUUUGCAAGAGGAAAAGUAUUUUGCAAGGGUAGCCAAUAAAGUUGAACUACUCAUUCAUAUAUCACAUCUGGCCAUAGACCUUUUCCAAAAUAUAAAACCAACGUUUGAACAAGUUAAGAAUGUGAUCUGGCCCAUGGAUGGUAAAGCUCAAUGGAACGUGAGUCUUGUGUACAUUGUCCCCGUGUAUAUAAUGUUUAAACAUAUACACAAACACCCAAUUUGUUUGACUAGGUUGUGAACGCCUUUGUUAGUCUCAUGGUAAAAUUGUGAUGUCAGUGUACGGCCUUCCGGCAACAAUUAAACUUGGCGCCUCUGGCUACUUUGUGUAAAUGUA